AACGUGCAAUAGCAUUUACUAAUCAGUUAAAUGAACUUUUCGCACAAUAUAACAAACAUGAACAUCCAACUGUCAAUUGGAAAUUCUGGUGGAUUAAUUCCUACGAAAAUUACGUUACUGGUUUGGAUGGAAGAGCCCAUGGAAAUGGUCAUUUAAACAAUUUAAAGAUGCGUUUUGGUCUUAGGGUUAAAUUCGCAGCCUUAUUUGCUGAAAAUGCUUUAAUUAUCCUUGAAAUCAAUGAUGCCCUCUCUGAUCUUACCAAAACUACUGUUGGUGUGAAUCUUAAAAACUUUAAUAAUAAUGUCAAUCAUGGUAAUAACACUAGUAAUAAUAUCAAUCACGGUAAUAACACUAGUAAUGAUGUCAAUUAUGGUAAUAACACUAAUUACAUUAAUAAUGCCAACUAUUCUAAUGAGAUAGCAAUUAUUAAUAAUAAUAUCCCUAAUAAUUCAAAUUCGCAAAUUAUUGAUAUGAA